AUGCCACAUUUACCUGAUUUUCUUAAAAACAAGGAGCUUUUUCAAGAACCAAUUUUUCAUUCAAUCGCAAUCACAGAUGUACAUGCGGGUGAUCAUGUUUAUGUGUGGAGAGUGCCGUUAUUUCAGCAUCAUGGUGUUAUUCUGUCUGUCGACGAAAACGAUUAUGACCAAUCUGAAGUACUCGAAUUUAAUACGCCUGAUGGUAGUUUAAGUAAAACACGUGCACAAAUACAAAUUGUUCCAUUGAGAAUAUUUCGAAAAGGACGUAAAUUAAAACGUGUUAUGUACAGCUCCAAAGUGCAUCGAUUUAAACUCGCUGGAACAGCCUAUGCAAUGGAAUCAUUACCGGCAGAAAUAGUGGUGGAAAACGCUCGUUUUGUACUGAAACAAAUAGAAUCGGGUUAUGAAAUUCCUGAUAUAGAUUUCGAUGGAAAAUACAAUCUUAUCGGAAAGAACUGUGAAUGUCUGGCUUAUUUUUGCAAGACUGGUAUAUGGUAUUCGACUCAAAUUGAAAAGGUUGUUCAUUGGGUAGGAAAGCCUUUGCUGACCUUUAUAAAAGGAUUUUUCGAUUUAGCAAUUGCACACUCAAUAAUCCAGUCUGUCGAACAAGAAGCAUUAAGCGAAGCGAUUGAAUCAUCAUUCUGCAUAUUUGAAAAUAAAUUUUGUUCGACAUUGUUCGCCGAAGGUAUUGGUCAAGCCAUUGCUGUUGUUAUUGUUGAAAUCGUCAAACUCUGCUUUCGAGUGUAUCAGUAUAAACAAGGACAAAUGACGAAAGAAGAAUUUUAUAGUAAAACGUUAAAAAGCUUAAUACAAUCAUUAUCAAUCGGCAUAUUUUCUCUAUUGAUUCAAGGUUUUCUGACUUAUUUUACUUUUGGUUCUGCCGCCUUUUGCCCUUUUGUUGGUGGGUUUGCAGGUGCAAUAAUUGGCUCUCUAGUGGGCGAGAUAUUAGCACGAUUAAUUGUCAAUGGAACAAUUGUAGCCCAUCACAAACUACUAACAGAUUGA